AUGUUGACCGCCACGAUUCACAUGAAGGAGAUUUCCAGUAUGGUCAUGAGCCUAAAGGAACGAUUGAGGGAUCAACCACACGAGGGUUGUUCGGUGGAUACCUUCCCCGCAAUCCUUGAUACUCAGAGGACUGCAAAAUUUGGUGUCAUCGAUGUCGCCAACAUAGACAUGCUAGUGGUUGAUAGGCCAUAUGGCAGUGGAUUUGGGGUCGAUGGUGUAAAGGACCGGCAAGGCUUAGAGGACUAUCUACAAACUAAAGAAACUCAAGAAGCUCAAGGGGGAGAUGUUGGCUUCCAAGAAGAGAAAGAGAUAGGUCAUGCCAAAGGUUAUGUGUUAGGUGAGAAUAAGGGAUCAAGAUUGACAAGGAUUCGAGCAAAGGGUCUAAUGCUUGAGUGUGUUGGGCCUCAAGCGAGCAGUCUGAGUAUUGAAGGUUGGGCCUCUUGUGGGCAGCCUGUGUUGGUCAGGUCUCACGUGGACAACCUAAAUGUUGAAGGUCAGACCUCUGGUGGACAACCUGAGUUUGUGAUGUGGGACAUAGCCGUCCACCAGCAAGAAAACCACGACACAGAGACGAGAAAAAUUUCGAAUUAUUGCUAUUUUUGUUCUUCUUUCCCGGGGGCGGCGCUCAGGCACGUGAAAUCUCAAUUCAUUCAUUGUACUUGGGAUUUGGGAAAAGAAAAGGAGAAGAAGAGGAAGUUAAAGAAAUUACCGGAGCCGCCAGAAAUUGAUGAGUUGAUUUUCCAUUUCAAUUGUGACAGAGGUAUCCCAUUACAGAGUAUGGGCAAUGAACUUCGGUAUGUGUGCCUGGUUGAGACCCGGAGAUUGUUGUUGCUAAUGGGGGUGAUUUUCGGGUUGAUUUUAUUCAUCCAGUAUUUUGAGCUCCCGUAUAGUAAUAUUUUAUCGUCUUUAUUUUCGAAUGGAAAAUCUCAAGUACAGCUUCUUGACAACUUGCGAAACUCGUCUGAGAAAUCCGUUACCUUGAAAAACCAAACGUAUCUGGGUAGCGUAAAUUCUACUGAUCUUGAUUUUGAUCAAGAAAAUACUGAUAUUGGUGCAAGAAAUGUCAAAGAUGAUUUUGGUCAAGAAAACAAAGAAAAUUCAGACGAUAGUUUGAAUAACGAUAUUGAUCUCGAGGAAGAAUCUAGAUCCAAAGAGUUCUUUGGAACAUAUCAUACCUCAACCGUAACAAAUGAUAGUUUCUUACUAGACGGAGAAAAACUGGGAUAUGCUCCGGAAAGUAGUGCUUAUGAUGUCAUGGGGGAAAAUAAAGACAAAACUCCAAAUUUGAAUUUGACUGCUAAUUCACCGGAAAAUCUGCCACCUGGAUUUGGAUCUCCAUUUCUUCCAAAAACGAGUAUGACUGUGGAUGUAAAAGCUCCUUACCCGGUCACAUCUACGGGAAAAGAUGCUGGGAAUAUACUUCAAAACAUUGGAAAACCAAUUGGAAAAGAACGUACACGUGUGGUGGUGCCUAUAUCUAAGAUGAAGGAUAUGCUGCUCCAGAGUCGUGUGUCAUACAGUUCUGGGAAGCCUCAAUGGUCUUCAUCAGCUGAUCAGGAGUUACUAAAUGCAAAGUUCCUCAUUGAGAAUGCAUCAAUAGUUGAAAAGGACCCUCAAUUUGAUGUGAAAUUGUACAGAAACUUUUCGGAGUUCAAAAGGAGCUAUGAGUUAAUGGAGCAAACUCUCAAGGUUUAUAUAUACGCUGAAGGCGAAAAACCAAUAUUCCACCAACCUCCCCUUAAAGGAAUAUACGCAUCCGAAGGAUGGUUCAUGAAGCUGCUAAAAUCGAACAAGCGAUUUGUCACUAAAAACCCAAAAAAAGCACACCUAUUUUACUUACCUUUCAGUUCACGCAUGUUGGAGGUGGCCUUAUAUAUUCCCGAUUCCCACAGUAGAGACAACUUGAUCCAGUAUUUGAGUGACUAUGUCAAGAUGAUCAUGAGAAAACACAGUUUCUGGAAUAGAACAGAUGGGUCUGACCAUUUUCUCGUUGCCUGUCAUGAUUGGGCCCCAGUUGAGACUCGGCGAACCAUGCCCAACAGCAUCCGAGCCUUAUGCAAUUCAGACAUUAAAGAAGGGUUUCGGUUGGGAAAAGACGUUUCUCUCCCUGAAACCCUAGUGCGGACCCCACAAAACCCUCUCCGCCAGCUUGGCGGCAAGCCUCCUGGACAGAGGCGAACCCUUGCCUUUUUCGCCGGCAGCAUGCACGGCUACUUACGUCCCGUCUUGCUCAAACACUGGCAGAACAAAGACCCCGACAUGAAAAUAUUCGGUCAACUGCGGAAAGUCAAAGGUCAAACGAGCUACGCGCAGUACAUGAAGACGAGCAAGUAUUGCAUUUGUGCCAGAGGUUACGAGGUCAACAGCCCUCGGGUGGUGGAGGCUAUUUUCUACGAGUGCAUCCCAGUUAUUAUAUCGGACAAUUUUGUCCCUCCCUUUUUCGAGACUCUAAAUUGGGAGUCGUUUGCGGUUUUCGUUUUGGAGAGGGAUGUGCCGAGUUUGAAGAGGAUACUUUUGUCGAUUUCGAGUAGGAGGUAUGUUAGGAUGCAGAAGAGAGUGCGGGAGGUGCAGAGGCAUUUCUUGUGGCAUUCAAGGCCCGAGAAGUAUGAUGUUUUUCAUAUGAUAUUGCACUCGAAGAAAGAGAGGAGAGUUCUAGUGCUGGUGGGUGAGGUAAGAGGGAUUAGUGAUAGACAUGAGCAGGAUAGUGCUGAGAUUGUAGGUGCAGGGGAAAACCUCCAAAUUAUUAAGGGGUUAUGCAAUGAACAG